AAAAUAAAAAAAAAUAAAAUAUAUAUUCUACUACUACACCAAAUUUUAAAAGCCGCCAAGUAGAAAAAAAUAAAAUAAAAUAAAAAAAUAAUAAUAAAGACCAAAAGACAGACAUCAGACCAGACCCAUAGAGCAGUAUUGGACGCGUGUGUACGAGGCAACGAACGACAGCGCGCUAAAAAUACUAAAAAAAGAAGAAAAAAAUAAUUUCAUACAAAAAUUUAAAACAAAAUAAUAUUUAAACGAAUAAAAUGAAAUAAAGCUAACAAAAAAAUUUUGUUACAAAAUAAAAUUUAUACGAAAGAAAUUUAAAUAUUUGUAGUAAAAAUUAAUAAAUCUAAAAAAGUAAAUAAUAAAAAGAAAAUUGUUUAAAAAGUUUUGUGUAAUAUUUUAGAAAAAUAGAAAUAUUCAAGAAAAAUUUUAACGAAAAAUUAUUAAGGAAAUGGAAAAAAAAUAAUAUAAAGUAAAAAAUACUAAAAUCAAUAAAAAAAAUAUUGCAAAUAAAAAGUAAUAACAAAGAAUCGUGUUUUUAAUUCAUUCACCUUUUUUUGAAAAUAAAAUAUACAAAAAGAAUCCCAAAAUAUUUUGUUUACAAAAUAAGGUACUUGAACAUAAUUUGUUAACAACAUUAACAGAAAAAAAAAUAAAUAAAAAAGGAAAUUAUAACUACAACAAUAACAAAUAAAUAACAAAAAAAAUUAAACAAAAAGAAGAAAACCACACACAAAAUCCAUUAUCAAAUCAAUGCCCUCGUCAAAUGGCAAACGACGACGAGUUUAGAAUAAAUAAUUUUACAAUUAAAGUUCGAAAAUACAACAACAAAACAACCACAAAUAACAACUUUUAACAAAAACAACAAACGCAAAAAAAAGUAAUAAUAAUUUAAAAUUCACCCUUCCGUUAAAGUUAAAGUUUAUAAUACGAACACAGACACCACCAACACACGUGUCUUUUUUACACAAAAUACAAAAAAAGGUAAAGCAUACAACAUGGUGCCCGAGGCCGAAAGUUUAUUAACCGCCCCUCCUUUGGGGCGCACCCAUACAAGGGCAUCUUCAUCAACCUCUACGGCGGAUAUGAUAGAAGUGUCACCCUCUUGCUGUUGUCAGUGUCACUGUCAGGAUCAGCAGCUGCCGUCUACUAGUGCCACCGCCACUUUACGUUCAAAUACAUCGGCUACAUUAUCGGCGUAUUCUUGUAACACGUCCAGCAGCCAGCGUAAUUGUAGCCACUCCUGUGAUCAUCAUUUAGAUUUUAUGUGUGGCCAAGCAGAUUCCAGCACAAACUUUUUACCCGCUACACCCAACAGCAACAACAACAAUUACACAUCAUCUCCCUCGUACAUAUCGGAAGAUGAGGACAGUGUAUUGCGCUAUUCGUUCAAAGGUAUACCGCCCGAAAUGUAUUCAGCCAAAAAGGAAUUUAUCUACAGGCGACCGUUGGUUGAGAAACAGCUCGUCUUAAAGAAAACUUGUGAAUGGUGGUUUUAUAAAAAUAAAUGCAGCAACAUGUCGACGCAUUGGAAACAAAACGCAUUUUUAAUACUUGCCACCUGCAUUUUAAUAUUUUUGGGUUUAAUCAUAUUUUUCUCGCUGCCCGUUAAUGAUUCAACGAAAUCUCAUACACUAACAGAGUUGCCAGCCAUACAAACAACUAAUAAUCAUCAUCUUAGCCCUCAACAUAAUUGGACAACAAUAACAACGACGACAACAACAACAGCGAUAGCGCCGAUAAUAACAAGUAGCACGAGUACGAGUAGUAGCGAUAAUAGAAAUAUUAAUGACGAUCAUGAUUAUGGUGGGAAUAGUGAUGAUCGUUUAUUUGACAUCACUGAAAUCACCACUUAUACAAAUCAUACAUUUGAGGGCGAUGAUGAUUGGAUUAUAGAAGAUGAUGAUAUUGAAAAUGAUAUUGACGAUAUUAAUAAUAGUAUACCAGAAGAAUUAACCAGUGAUUUUGUUACACCGAUUAAAGUUCAUAAUUUUAGUUUAAAUGCCGAUGAUUUAUUAUAUGAAUCAAAAAGAAAUUUAAAUACUCCUAAUAAUAACAAUAAUGAUUAUUUUUCCGCAUUUAGUGUGACGGGGACAUUUCGUAGUAAAUCUAGUCAAAUCUGGGAUCCUCAUCCAGAGUAUAUAUUGAAUGCAUUUGGCCAUCAAUUGCAUUUAGUUCUACAUCAAGAUACCUCAUUUAUACCACCAAAAACAUUUAGGGUCAUUAACAUUUUAAAUAAUCAUACUGAAGAGGAAGAACCGGUUGGAGGACAUUAUUUAGGUUGUUACUAUAAAGGCUUUGUGGAAGGUGAUGAUCAAUCAGCAGUGGCCGUCUCACUAUGUCAUGGCAUGACUGGUUACAUUAAGACCAGUUUCGGCUCGCUGCUUAUACAACCGGUCAAUAAUCAAACAUACGAUUCAUUCAAUACCUCCGCAACGUCUGAGAUUUUACACAAAAUAUGGCGUCACUCAAGACGCAAUGCCAGACAUGCUGUCUCCGCUCUUGAACUCGAUUUAGAAGAAAUCGAACAGAGUCUCUUGCCCAAAUUGCAUCGUAAGAAACGCGACUACGAUCGCAAUCUAUUCACCAUUGAACUGUUGGUUGCUGUCGAUCGUACAAUGAAAGAAUUUCAUAAAGACGAUUUGACAUCGUACAUUUUGACCUUGAUAUCGAUUGUUUCGAAUAUAUUUGCCGAUGCGAGUAUUGGUAAUUCCAUUUAUAUUUCGGUUGCAAACAUUUUGGUCUUGAAUGAGUUUAAACGAUCGCGUAGAAGAAGUGGCCAAGCAACGGCCUCGCAAACAUUGAAAGAAUUUUGUUCGCAUGUGGAGAAACAUGGUUAUCAUUAUGAUACGGCAAUGUUAAUAACAAGAGAUCAAAUUUGUCGUAAAGAACGUGAAACCAAAUGUGAUACUUUAGGUUUAGCUGAAUUAGGUACAGUGUGCAAAAGAAAAUCCUGCUCCAUAGUGCAAGAUAAUGGUUUACCAGCAGCCUUUACGAUAGCACACGAAUUGGGUCACAUAUUAAAUAUGCCACAUGAUGAUGAUGAUCGUUGCAAACAAUUCAAUAAACCGGGAGUUAAAAGAAAACUUCAUAUCAUGUCCAGUGUAAUGGGUGAUGAUAUACAUCCCUGGUCCUGGUCAGAUUGUUCGCGACAUUAUGUUUCAGAAUUUUUAGAAAAAGAAGAUGUCACCUGCCUCGAAGACACACCCACCAAAUUCAUACGCAACUACAAUACCCGACUACCCGGUGAAAUCUAUUCUCUCGAUCAUCAAUGCAAGCUAAUACAUGGCAAUCAAUCGCGCUAUUGUCACAUCGAAACCGAUUGCAAACGUUUGUGGUGUAAGGCAAACGAUACAAAUGCCACUUGUCGUUCCAGUAAUUUACCCUGGGCCGAUGGUACACCCUGCAACAACAAUCGUUAUUGGUGUCAAAAAGGUGAAUGUUUGCCACGUGAAGGUCAUGUUCGUAAGUUAGUUAAUGGUGGCUGGGGACCCUGGAGUCCUUGGAGCCAGUGUAGUUUAACGUGUGGCGGUGGUGUACAGGAGAGUCGUAGGGAGUGCAAUAAUCCCCUGCCCAAAAAUGGUGGUAAAUAUUGCACGGGUGCACGCAAGAAAUAUCGUUCUUGUAAUACACAUAAUUGUCCUCCCGGCUCGAUGGAUGCUCGUGAGCAGCAGUGUUAUCAGAUGAACGGCAGAGAUUUUGGCAUUGGCGGCAUUGGACCGCAUACGAAGUGGAUACCUAAAUAUGGAUUGUCAUCCAACGAUAAAUGCAAUUUAUAUUGUCGUGUUGAAGGUAAUGCUGUCUAUUUUCGUCUCUCCGAGAAAGUCAUCGAUGGUACCACAUGUUCAUUCGAUAGUUUUGACAAAUGUGUCAAUGGUAUUUGCCGGCCGGCUGGCUGUGACAACGAACUCAAUUCUAUUGCAAAAUUAGAUAAGUGUGGCAUUUGUGAAGGACGUAACGAUACAUGUGAAGAUUUUACCGGCAAUUUUUAUGUCUCCGACUUGUAUAAAGUGCCCAAAUCUAAAACCUAUUAUUAUCAUGUCACCACAAUACCAAAAGGUGCCUCUAAUAUAGUGAUCGAACAGCCGGGUUAUCAUGAUGAAAACUAUAUUGUAUUACGUGAUGAUCAAGGCAAUUCAUUACUAAAUGGAGCCAAUAUUAUAACCGCCUUUCCCAAUGUAAGCUUUUAUGCAGGUGUAGCUUAUGACUAUAAUGGUUCUAAAAGUUUUGUAGAAAGGGUCAAUACCACCUAUACCAGAAAACUGAAACGUGACAUGAUAGUAGAGAUCAUUUCCAUGAUCACAAGUUCACAAAAGGAUAAUGACACUUUACUGAUGACUUACUCCUAUACCAUCGAUAAAACGAAUUAUGUGGAGCCUGAAAUUGAAAUCUAUCGCUGGGAAAUGCAACAGUGGAGUACUUGUGAUGCUUUGUGUCACGGCAGCAUGCAUCGUAUGCCGGUGUGUGUUAGCACUACACAAGCUCUAAAAGUGGCCCCACAAUUCUGUGAUAUACAUGCUAAACCACCCACUGAAUAUAGAGAUUGUAAUACCGAUUGUAUUUUAACUUUAAAUGUCACCAGUAUUUCGGAAUGUUCGGCUUCGUGUGGCAUGUUGGGUACUCGUGAAAAAACGCAUCACUGCAUACAAACAUUUCCCGAUAUGCAGCGUUCAAAUAUUGUUGAUUUGAAAUAUUGUAGUUCGAAAUUCGAAAUCAAAACCCAUGAGGAAUGUAGAGAAGGUUGUUGGAAAUAUACGGAUUGGAUGACGUGCUCCCGUUCUUGUGGUUAUGGAGUACAGACUCGUAGUGUGGCCUGUUAUUUGAAUCAAACUUUUGUUAGAGAUGAAUAUUGUAAUUUGAAAAACAAAGCCAAUUAUCGGGAAACUACACGAGUCUGUAAUCUAGAGCCCUGUUCUUCCUUUACCUCUACCACCACCAGUACUACCGAAUUUCCUUUAAUGAAACCUGCCCGUAAUAUACCCAACAACUGGUGGGCCCAUGAUUGGGGCAAAUGUGAUGACAAAUGUGAAAAGAAUCGUACGGUUAUUUGUCGUAGUCCCCAAGGUUAUGGUUGUCCUUUAGACAAAAAGCCCAUAAGCCGCAGAAAAUGCUGUACCAUUAAAUAUGUAUCCAAUUGGUCGAAUUGUUCCGUUCAAUGCGGCAAUGGCACUCGACGCAAGGAAAUGCAUUGUGCCCGUGUCUAUAAGCCAGAAAUUAAGGGCGCCCCCAAACGUCGGGAAUUCAUUGAUCCAUCUUAUUGUCGCCACUUAAAGAUGCCGAAACCCAAACGCAUGCACAAACCCUGUAAAGUGGGUUGCAAAUGGUCCGUUUCGAAUUGGACUCAAUGUCCGGCCGAUUGCAGUGAAGAGUAUCAGUCACGUUCCGUUUACUGUGAGUCCGUCUUGGGUAAUCCCAUCAAUCAUACGUACUGUGAUGCAGCGAAUAAGCCGCCCGUGAAAAAGAUUUGCAAUAAUUGCGUUAAACGCGAAUAUAAAAUUAUGUCCAGUUGUAACUGUGAAGGUUAUCGGCGACGACGUAUGCUAUGCUACGAUUCCAGACGUGAACGGAUACCUUGCCCCACCAAAGACAAGAUUAUACGAGAAAAAUGUCCGCCACCACGCACAUGUUAUCCCUCAUCAUGUUAUGAUUUGCGCCGCUUCCAUAAUGUCUAUGCCGAUGGUGAAUAUACGAUCUAUGUGAGAAGUGUACCCAAGAGAAUAUACUGUCAUAAUAUGCAUAACUCACCACAAGAAUUUGUUACCUUAAAUUCUACGGAAAAUUAUUCGAUUUAUUACGAUUAUAAGAUAACCAACCCCGACUUGUGUCCACCCGAUUCAGUGCAUCGUGAAUAUCGUGAUGAUACUUUAGAUUCGGGACGUACAACGUUUAAGAAAAUACGCAUUGAUAUUGCCACCUUAAGGGUAUUUGAAAGUGAUUUCACCUUUGCCGAGAGCAUAGGAAGACCGCAGCCAUAUGGUUCGGCGGGUGACUGUUACAAUCGGCGUAAACAAUGUCCUCAGGGGGGUUUUUCGAUAAAUUUAGAACAUACUGGUUUUAGACUGAGACAUGGUACUAUAUGGGAACCCAUAGGUCAUCAUGUGGUUAUGAAAGAGUCACCCUCGAAUUCCUUAAUAUCUCAUCGUGCUUUAUGUGGCGGCUGGUGUGGUGGCUGUCGAAUAGGUUCCAAUUCUGCCCUCUACUUAAACGUGUGAUGCCAAGUCUGCCGUUGACAAAAACUCAGCCUCUCAAAAAGGCGGUUUUCUUUUACAAAUUUUGUAUUUGUUUUGGUGCUAAAACUGCUGUUUUCGACCUGUUUUUUGCGCUUUGGCGCCACAACCAACCAUGAAAAACGUUGUCGAAAUUGUAUUUUAUGCAUUUAUUCCUUGAUAACAAAAAGUUCCUUUUGGUCUUUUGUAAGGAUUCUUUUAUAGUUUAAUACUUUUUAUAACACAAAACUCUUAUUAACACAAACACACCCACAACCACUUUUAAACUGAGAAAAAGAGAGAAAUCCUUGUAAUGCCAAAGACUUUUAGGGAUUUUUGAUGAAAACAAAAAAAAUAUCAACAAAAACAACACAACACACUUUUAUUAAACACUCUCAAGUACACAAACUACCACGAAAAGAAAUUUCAAAAAAAAUAUAUAUAUAUAUAAAUGUGAUUUAAUCCAAAAAUAUGAAAACAAAAACGAACUUAAAAAAAUGAGUUUAAAAGGCCUAGAAAUAUUAUACUAAAAGAAAUAUAAGGCUCUGAACUUUUUGGGUUUUUUUGUUGGAAAAAAAGAACUAAGAGACUUAUAGAAAAAUAAUAACAAGAUUUCUAAAAAAAAAAUCCUGCUAAAAAACGCUAAAACAAACUAGCAAGCAAUAAUUUAGCAAAAUGGCAACUAUAUUGAAAGCAACCACUAAGCAGCAAUAAAACGAAGAGCAAUUUUUACUCAUUUACCGUAACCAUAACUCUAACUCUUAAGCAAAAGAGCGAGAUUUAGUAAGAGUGUUUAAGCGAACUCUUUUUUCAUCUCUAACUUUAAUUUAUUUUGUAUUUUUAAAACACCUUUAAAGUUGAAUUUUAUCAACUUUUAUAUAUUUAUAUUAUUUUACUUUUAAUCUUAAUAUUAAUUUUACUUUUAACUUAAAAAUAAAUAUUUUUUUUAUUUAAAUAUUUAGCUAAAUACAUUUAUAUUGUUUAAUUGUAAUAAUAAUUAAAAAAAAAUAACAAAUUUAUAAACACAUUAGACUGUCUCGGAAAAAGGAAGAGAAUUUAAAUCAGUUUGUGCUGAAAAAAGAGCGAAAAAUUAUGUGAAAAGUAACUUUAAAGCAAAUUCAAAAAGGAACUUUUUUUAAACUUUUGUAUGUUUUACAGGAAAUUAAAGUUUUUUAGCAAAAAUCAUUUAAAAUUUUUUGUA